UUACAUUUAGUGGUGUUUCGUGUGUUUGUGGAACUCCGUGACGUCUUUGUUAAUGAAAAGGCUUUUAACCAGAUUCACAGAUACAUUUUUAAACUUAUACAAACGUAUACUUGGUUCUCUGAGGCUAAAUCUGUGUCCUGCUCGGGGCUCUGGAUGGUUCCCGACGUACAUCUUUUUGAAAUCGCAAGCUAGCUAUCUUAGCAAGUGCAGUUUCAAGAAAACGACGAAACAAGUGAGCAUGAAACUUGCAGUUUUUUCUAUUACCACCAUCGGCUAGCGUUCUCUGCGUGCAGUCCUCAACUUAAUAAGGUGACCCGCAAAUGUUCUUUUGAAAAGUGGAUGCGGGAGUGAUUGGCUCCUAAAUGUGUUAGACAACAUAUAUGUCACGAGCGGGUUUCUUGAACAAGCAAACUAAGUAGUUGACAUGGCAACUGGAGGUCCUCCUUUUGAUGACGGUGAAGAAGAUCUGCACAACUGGACGGUAACCAGUUCCAGCCUGGAUGAUCGACUCAACAACAUGGAUUGGGGUGUCCAGCAAAAGAAAGCCAACCGAUCUUCGGAUAAAAAUAAGAAAAAGUUGUCUGCAGCGGUGGUGGAAAGUCGCCUGACAAACGAUAUAUCCCCAGAGUCCACCCCGGGGGCGGGCCGUCGGCGAGCUCACACUCCACAUUCCUUUCCCCACAUCAAAUACACCACCCAAAUGUCUGUACCUGAUCAGGCUGAGCUGGAAAAACUGCGUCAAAGGAUCAAUUUCACAGACAUGGACGAGAGGAGUAUUGGCAGUGACUCUCAGGGGCGCGUCACAGCUGCCAACAACCAGCGGCAGUUUGCAGGAGAGGCCAAGAAACCCCACAACUUCUUACCCCUGCAUGUAAACACUAACAAAAGCAAGGAGCUGCUCCACCCCUCCGCCUCUGCCCCCACCACCCCAGUGAUUUCCAAGGAAGUCAAGAAGCAGAGUCCAGGACUCAGGGAGAAGUUAACUCCUCUGGUUCUGUCCAAAGAAGCUACCAGGCUGGGAAGCGGUGACAAAGAGAGAAGACUCCCGUCGCAGAGGGAAUAUGGAGGAGAGGAUGUGAAAUUAGACAGCAGCCAGGUGGUGAGCAAACUGGUCCAAAUUCGGGACUACAUCGGUAAGCUCAGCUCCGUGAGGGACGAGAUGGUGGAAAAGAACGACGUGCCGGCAAAAGUGGAGCGUCUUUCUAGUUUCAUUGAACACCUCCGGGAGAAGGAGAAGUCCUGCCUGCGUUUGUUACAGAAAAUGCUGGCACAGGAGGUGGAUGACUGUGAUAUGGGGACCUUGGAAUCUGCUGUUGGUUCUGGUUCUCUGGCAGAAAGUGCUUCUGUGAACAUUGAGGUUCUGUCUUCAGAGGUUUCCAAUGCAGCAGACAUCAGGCCAGAGGCUGCGAGUGCUGACCAAAGGGAGGAACUGGAGAACCUGCGUAAGCAGCACGAGCUGCUGAAGAAGAUGCUGGAGCAGCAGGAGCAGCUCCGAGCGCUGCAGGGCCGACAGGAAGCAUUGAUGGCUAUGCAGCACAGCACAGAGCAGGCGCUUGCCUUGACUGAAGACAACGUCGUCACGGAAACCACCGGCAGUAUAUCAGGCUUAAGCAUCACAUCAGAACUGAAUGAGGAGUUAAACGAGCUGAUUCAGCGCUUUCACAACCAGCUUCACGACUCUCAGACAAAAGCCGUGCCGGAUAACCGUCGUCAGGCACAGAGUCUUUCGCUCUCCAGAGAGGUUUGUUGGUCCAGGUCUCCCCUAGCCGUGGGGGCCCCUCAGCACAGGCCCCUCCUCCACUCCGCCUCUGGCCCUCAUGCCGGGUUGGACUCUGGAGCAUCAGCUGCUAGCGCCAAACUGACCAAGCUCCAGGAGCUUCAAGACAAGAAGCAAACCAUGGACAAGAUUCUGAGAGAGCUACACUCCCUCCGAGACCAAACGUUAAAUAACAACUCAUGUCGUGGCUCAUCAGCACAGCAUAGUCCAGGAGCUCAAGGGUCCUCAGAGUGUCCAUCAGCUUUAUUUUCUAACGGGGCUUUGGCUUCCACCUCAUUCCAGCCGUCAUUCUCACAGCAGCAGGACGGCUCCAACUCCGCUGACAAGCUCAGGAAGUUAAAGGAGGUCCAUAAGCGUCUGAAUGAGCUGCGGGAAUUAGUUCAGUACUACGAGCAGACCUCCGACAUGAUGGUGGAUGCAGUCAAUGAAAAUGUGAAAGAUGCUGAUGAGGAGGAAGAUGAGACAGAGGAAGGGUCGAUUUUUGAGGCUACAUUUGACUCAGAACAGGAAAAUCAGGAACCUGUAACUAACAUAAGAAACUCUCAGCGCAGCAGGAACUGGACAGACUUGAACAGUCUGGCUAAUCGAUGUAGCAUCAGGGCUGCAACCAACAACCAGGACAGCAGACUCAACACUAACUGUGAGAUCAACAACCGAACAGCAGCCAAUCGCCACGCCCUGAACAUCCCAGCUGCCAUAGAAUGCCAAUACAACAGGGACAUCCCUUAUAGUGAAGUGAGAGAUGACGAUGGAGAAGAGGAGUGCGCUUGUAACGAUGGAGCAGCGCGGGCGGUGGUUCCAGACAGCGUGUCGGAGUCCAGUCGGAGGAGCAGCCUCGGGAACGAUGCCGGAUUUCCCCAGAAAGUUCACCGGCAGUCAGCCAAACAGAAACUCCGGCAGCUGCAGGAGCUGGUCGCCAUGGUUCAGAGUGACGACACCGAUGGAACCACUGCCAAUGAGGAUGAAGCUAUGCACCAACAGCCAAAUAAUACCCGAGCAACAUUCGGAUCUGGAUCCAAGCAGAGUCCAAGAGACCUCGCUUUCAGCAGCAAGGCCAGGGAGAAACUGUACGAAGAGAAGCUGCGUCAGCAGAAGGAGGAACUGAAGCAGCUCCACGAAGAACGCCAGAGACUCAUAGAAAUCCAGAACAAGAUCCAGGAUCUGCAGUGGGCUUGUCCUGACCUUCAGUCCUCUGUGUCCAGCACAGCCAGUCAGCAGGGUUUGCUGAGGAAAGCUCCAGUGAUGGUCUCCACUCCCGCCGCCGUCAAAGUGACUUCUUCUGGACAGAAAACCAACUUGGCGGUUCUCAAACCGGCUGCUCCAGAGGCGCCUGCUGCGUCAGCCACGGACGAUGGGCAGCUUUGGUCGGAAAUGCGGCGGCGGCAGAUCAUGCGCGAGGACCUGCGGCAGCGCAGAAAGCACCUGGAGUCACUAAUGGCAGAACAUCAGAGGCGAAACGGUUUCGCGGACUCGUCCUGCCCCAUUGAAGACCAUGAAGAAAACGCUACACCCUCACUGUCUGUCAGCAGGGAUGAAAGAACUAUGGCCACUUGGGGUUCCAGUCCCUGCCACCUUGAUAAUAAUGAAGAGGAUGAUGAUGAUGGCCACGACGCUGGGGAAACAGACGAGUAUCACUCAGAGUUGGGAGCGGAGGAGGAGGACGAGGAGGAAGAAGUAGAAGAAUGCACAGAGAGCAGCUCUGAUGACGACCUUCCCUUGUUCUCGCCGAACAGGAACCAGGGCUCCUACACCAACAAGGAAAACCAGGGAAGCAAUCUAAAGCCUCCAGCUGCCUUUUCUGGCGAGAGCGACGUGCAGCUUCAUAACAAAACAAAGACAAAGCCUCAGACCCGAAGCUUCAACCAGUCCUCAAGUCAGCAUGGAGGCGUCCGCCGACAGGAGAACCUGCGCUGGGCCUCUGAGCUCUCGGUUGCAGAGGGAACGAGUCAGUGGAAGGAACAAGUCAACCACUUACAGAGACAGCUGGACUUCAGCUCCGGCAUGUGUCAGACGCUCCUGCAGGACCAGCAGACGCUGUCGUUUAUGCUGCAGAGUCUGCUGACCGGUCAGUACAGCGUGCUGCCCAACAACCGCUCUUCUCCACAAGUCCAGCUGGUCAUGCAUCAGCUGAACCAGUGCUACACCCAGCUGGCCUGGCAGCAAAACAACAUCCAAAGACUAAAGCAGGUGCUGAAUGAUCUUCUGGGGCAGCAGCUGCCGCCUUCCUCCUCAGCAGCAGCGUGGCAGACGCAGAAACGGGGAUCAGCUCAAGAGUCCAGCUGUGGUCCCUCAGCCUCUCCUGGCGUUUCCCUGCCCUUCUCCUCCACACUGCAUCCUUCAGCCAACAACAUGCCAGCCCCUCCAAUGUCCCCAUUCCCUUCCACUUUUACCUUAUUCCCUCCAUUCCCCUCUACCUUGGGUGGCUUCCUCCAAGAACCUUUUGGUCCGACCACUCCCGAACAUCAGAAGCAGCGCCCGGACCCCAACACCUCCUUUAAAACCGAGUACAUGAGCUUCCCUCCUCCACUGCAGCGCUCCCCCCUCAACACCGCCAAAAAAACCAGACCAGCAGAUCGAGUCAACACCUCCUACACGAACAACAUCCGGCAGCUCAAGUCAUCUAAAACGGCUGUCGCUGCUAAAACUGAGCUGCAGGAGACUCCUCCUUCCUCUCCUUCUUUUGCCAAAUGCCACUCCAGAGCACAAGAGUUUGACAAGGAGAGCUUCAGCAGCGUACCAGACGUUGAUGAUCCCAACACAAUAACAAAGGCUUUCAAGGCCGGCCGCAAAGCUUCUGCACAAGCCAAUUUGGCUUCUCGAAGUAGGACUCCCAAGAACAGACGUCGGAGGAGCAAAGUUCACAACAAAAACGGUCAUGACAGUGACAGUGCAAGUAGCACUACUGACUUUGGCCAGCAGAGGGCAGCAUCGUCUCAUCACCGGGACCAGAAUCAGAUGCUUCUGGACAAACUGACGCAAGAAAAGCUGGACAGCAAGACGAAGCUCGGCAGAAAACGAAAUGACAUCUCCUCCGCUUACACUUGGAGAACCCCCUUCCUCUCUAACAGAAUUGCAUGCACAGAAGCACCAGAUGCAAGCAGUGACUUCUCGCUGUUUGAAGCUCUUCGGGAGACCAUCUACUCCGAAGUGGCCACGCUGAUUUCCCAGAAUGAGUCUCGGCCUCAUUUUCUGAUUGAGCUCUUCCAUGAGCUGCAGCUCCUCAACACAGACUAUCUCCGUCAGAGGGCGCUCUACUCUCUCCAGGACAUAGUGACCAAGCACCUGGAAGUAAGGAGCGCCGCUGAAGACCAGCCUCCCCGCCUGGGUCCUGUGGCGUGGCCCGCCUGCUCUCAGUCCGAGCUCACGCCCAGUCAGAGUCUGUCCACCAGUGAUGACGAAGUGGUGGAGAAGAACUUAAGACACGCACGGGACACAAAGAAGAGGAAGGAGGACGCAGACUCUGUGGACGACAGCAACAUGUCCACCUCCUCCAACUUGGAAGCUUUUGCAAAUGAUGACUUGGGAAACACAGUGAUUCAUUUAGACAAAGCUCUGGCAAGGAUCAGAGAGUAUGAGCGCAUGAAGCUCAAAGCCGAAUUUAACCCCUGCAAUGCCAGCGCUGCAGGCACCUCUGAUGCCAAGCAUCCUCCUUCCACCGCCGCCGAGUCCACGGAAGGAGCUGCAGCCGGCAGCGUGCACUGCCCGCAGAUAGACACCCAGCAGCUGGACCGACAGAUCAAAGCCAUCAUGACAGAAGUCAUUCCCUUUCUGAAGGAGAACAUGGACGAGGUGUGCUCCCUUCAGCUCCUGACCUCUGUGCGGCGCAUGGUUCUUAAACUCACUCAGCAAAAUGAUGAAAGCAAGGAGUUUGUCCACUUUUUCCACAGACAGCUGGGAGGAAUACUACAGGACUCUCUUAGCAAAUUUGUGGGAUGCACACUAAAGGACUGCGGGGAGGACCUCCUGGUGGAGAUUUCCGAGAUCCUCUUUAAUGAACUAGCCUUUUUCAAGCUCAUGCAGGAUUUGGAAAACAGCAAUAGCUCCAAGAAGGCCACAAAACAGAAGAGAAGGGUUGAAGGUCCCAGUAAACCCAAACGGACUCCUGAGGAAAAUGCAGUCGGCAGCACUGAGAAAUCCCUUUGUUCUGCAAAAACCGAUGAAGACAAGGAUCAAGAUGAGACGUUAAUGGAAAGAAGCUGUGGAGCGCCGGAGCUUUACCUGCAGACGAAGAGCAACCGGAGCAAUGAUGCUUCAGAGAAUGAGGAUGAAGAGCAAGGACUGGAAGUACUUUUGUCAUUCAGUCUCUCCAAAGCAGAGAUUCAGGCUCUGACCAGCUAUGGCAGUGGAGAAGAUGAGAACGAAGAAGAGGAGACGGAAGAGUUUGAGGCUGGACCUGUAGAAGUCCAAACGUCCUUGCAGGUUUCGGCUGACGGGCAGGUGGAGCAGGGGGCCGGCAGCGGUGAAAUCCAGCUAGAAAACCCAAAGGAGGAAAGUUUGGAGAAUGACGGUGAGGCCAACGGAUUGGCGGGAGCUGUGAGCUCCCCAUUGGAGGAAAAUAUUGGCGAGGAAAGCCAGAUUCCUGCUGAGGAGGAGAAAGCUGCUGCAGCACAGAGAGACUCUGCUCCCUCCCCACCUCAGAAUGUCCCCCGGGAGUCAACAAGCACCAGUAGCCCCGACACAGACUCCCCCGUCCUUAUCAAUGUAGAUGAAGCAGGAUCUGGCAACACGAGCCACAAGUCUGAUGAGGAGGACUUUGUCAAGGUGGAUGAUCUGCCGCUGCAGCUGACGGUCAUGACCGAGGAGGAGCUUCAGAAGCGAAUCGUGGAGGAGCAGCAGAAUAACAACCUCUCCAUGGAGAUCCUCAGUGACCACACUGAACUGCUGACUGAGCUGGUGGGAAACGCACAGACACUAAAACAACCAGAGAGCAUGGAUGUCCAGAAUGCAGAAUGAAAAAUGUCUGACUGCUGUAUUAAGUACCACAAGCUGAGCUUGUUGUUUCCUUUUAUUUGUUAGUUUAAAGAAGUUACACACUUGUAGUCUCAACAUAGCUGUUACAGUUGCACAUGCAGAACUUAUAUUUAGUGCUUUAUGUUCCUCUAACUCCUGAAUGUUAAACAUAUAUGAUCUGGUUGAUUGCGUUGCGUUCGUGUUUCUUGCCUGUUCAGAUCUGCCUUAGACUUCUUGCCUCUGGGAUCAGUUUGACAUGAUUAUUUUUGUUUCCUCGUUUGCCUUAUUGUUCUUCACAUGGAUGACACUACAACCAAGGUUCAGCUGGUGUCCUUCGUUUCUACGUCUUUCCUUUUAGCUUUGAAACAUAUCCAGGUAGAUGUAAAUGUCCCGCUAACUUUAGGUUAGCCCCCCUUCAUCUUCACUGUAGGUGACAUGAUUUCAAUCAAUAAAAUAUUUGAACUUUUAACAAGGAUUCUCAUGGAGUUUUGUAGUGUGUCAUGACGAUGCUGUGUGGAUUGCUAUUAUAUUGAUAUAACAAUAAAAUGCUAUUUAGCAGAACUGAAGCUUCAUUAUGAGCUUAAGAGCACAGAAAGUUAGAAAAUCUGUCAGGAUGACUUCCUAAAGAAGCUGCAUUUGGAGUCAAAUCUGGCAACUUUUAUUCAAUCAGACACUAAGGAAACAACCUUUUUUCAAUAUUAGUGAAAUAAACGACAUGUAGUAGAAAAGAAAAACAUGAUCUUGAACUGUUCUCACUUUUAUAUCUCUGUAUAUUUGGAAUUAUCUGUGACCCUGAACAGGAUCAACCUCACACGAAACAUCUGAGCGUCACUCAGCCAGUGGCCUCCACAGCAAACAAUACAACAAAUGACAGUAAAAACAACGAAAUUCUCUUUACAGGCAGUUUUGUUUCUUUGGCACAAACGAUUAAGGAUUCUUAAAGGUUAAACCUACUAUAAAAAAAAAAAAAAA